AUGGUUUACAUUUUUAACGUCGACCUCAAGAGUGAAAGGAAUCAGGCCCACGGACAAGCAAAUCGAGGGAGCCAGAAAUCAAAAGAGCGAUGGCCCUGGCAGACACACAAGCAACCAAGCAAUAAACCAGGAAGCAGGCAGACGGCGUGCGGCGAAGGGAGCGAAAAAUCAAGAGAGCUAAGUGGCCGGCGGCGAGAGGGCAAGCGAGCAGACAUCCAGGUAGACGUUCGUAAUGACACCAGGGAGAAGCUCACACAAUUGAACAAAGGAUACACGAUCGAUCGAUGUCAGUCGGAAACGAACAUGAAGGACUUCGAGAGCGGUCGCCAAGGGCAUCCUCGCCCCGCCGCCAGGGCGAGUUUCUCCCUGCGACAGUCGCAGACGGGCGGCGACCGGCAUGGAGGCGUUGCAUCAGUACAUAUGAGUAUAUUUCUGGUAUUAAAUCCAUUGCCCCAUAUUGCAAGAACAAUGACCAUGUCUGCGCCGGGGGUGAGCCUGUGGGAAGUGGUGGAGGCUCGAGGGGGGCCCCUGAGCGAGAGCGAGACCUGGGCCGUCCUGGCAGCCGCGGCCACCUCCCUCCAGGACACCGCACUCUCAGGCGAUGCGGCAGCGACAGGCAUGGGCGUAGUGACUCCCGAGAGCGUAGUGUUGCUGCGUUGUGGGCGUGUCGAGCUGUCGGCCACGGCCCCUCACUCCCCGGCGCACCCCCACGGGAACUAUCUGCCCCCCGAGUCCUUCGACGGCGACAGCAAACAGCCCCAGAGUGCCGAGAGGAGCGUGGUGUUCUCCCUGGGCCGGACGCUGUGGGCUUGUGCUGAGUAUGGAUCCACGUGCGGCCCUGACUCCCUGGACGGCUCCCUGCACCUGAUGUCGCCGGCCCUAAGGUCAGCCCUGUCGGCCAUGACGCACCACCGGCCCGCUCACAGGCUCUCCCUCGUCGACAUCUUCCAGCUUCUCGUCGAGCGGCUGAACGGGCAAGACCGACUCAAUUACACGGCGACCAUCCGAGCGCUCUACGAGGAGGUGCUGGGACCCCCCCAACCUCCCCCUCAGCCCCCGGACCCGGCCAGGCGACGCAACCGCUCCUACUCUGCCCUAGAACCGAAGACCUCCUCCUCCAGUAGGAGGUUGACGUCGCACAGCUGGAGUUCGGCGAGGAGGGCGACCAGCGUUGAGGAUUUGUCCAACCUCAACAUUCCACAUAAACAAGCUGUAAGCCACGUGAACCCCAUACUGGCAUCCAAUUCCCCAUCAGUACACAUCCUGCAGACACCAAAAGGACGUGCAGUCAUUAGGAUGGGAAGCAUACAAGAUGUCUCACUGCUGAAUCACUCGUCACUAUCCUCCUCAGAUAGGAUGGCUGACGAUGGGAUAAUUAAUGUGAGCUUAAGGAGGAAUCUGCUGCAGUCAAAACUCCAAUUCCACUCCAUUGACAAUUUAAGUCCAGCCAAAGAGAACAUUCAGCCGAGGUCUUUAGAUGGAAGCAGACUUUUCCGAGGAGGAGGCACCAUGAACCCUAUCCAGGAAGUGUCUCCCAUAAAGUCACCGCCGACAAAGUCUCUCUUGGAGACCUCAGGCUGCCAGACUCUCCCCGAAGACCUUGCACAUCCGAAGAUCUCAGACUUCAGAUUGUCGCCCUCGAAGGAUGCUCGGUUAGCCAUCACUGUUGGCAGAAGUGCAACUGUUGCUGGUGAUAUGAAGGGUCCUGGAAUGGAUGCUGGCAUUGGACCUCGAGUGCAAAAGAGGAUACCACCAAAAAAGCCUCCUAGAGCAAGAGCAAUGUCUGUUGAUAACUUGCUCAAUGCUGAGGUUGAAAUGCGGCAAGGGAAACAGGAAGAAAUUCCCAAAAAGAGGCGGAUGGUGACGCGAACUCCCUCACGUCUCUAUCGCUUUGCUGACCCAUCUGCUUUGGUCAGUCCUGGCUCUGUUGAUGGUAGAGGACCAGCCAUCUUGGGUCCGGAGUUUGUUGUUCGAAGCAAAGAGCCGGUGAAAAUGCUUUCUUUGUUGCAUGGUUCUCAAACACAGAGAAGUGUGGUGAAGAAGGUAACUGUGGUGUUGCUGACUGGGAGCCGCGUGGAGUUAAGCUGUGAUCCUUCAGUUACACGUGUCAACCAUGUGCUGCAGGCUGUAUUAGAGGAGGAAUCCAUUGCCCUUGCCCACCUGUUGGGUCUCGCAGUUUUGGGUGGAGGUGAAUUUCACUUUGUGGCCCCACAGACAAAGCUGCACAAGGUUGCUCCUCCUGGAUGGAAGGAACGCCAUCCAACAAAGGAUGGACUGAUCCAGGAUAAUUUCACACUUCAUUUGCGAAUUAUGUAUUAUUUAAAGUUCAGCCAUGUGGAUGAGAUGGAUGCACCGUCGAGGCAGCUGUUAUACCUGCAACUGCGACAUGACCUGUUGGAGAGUCGCUUGCCCUUGUCAGCUGAGUUACUUCUGCAGCUGGCGUCACUUGCUCUACAGGCUGAAUUUGGUGACCAAAGACAUCAGGAUGCAGGCUACUUCCUUCCUGAGCACUAUGUCCCUGAACCGCUUCUCCGUGGCAGACAAACUGCACAGUUAACAGAAGAUCUUCAGAAACGCCACACAACUUUGACUGGUUUGCUUUAUACAGUCGCUCAGACACGCUUCAUUAGCCUCAUUCAAGACAGCCAGCAUUAUGGAACUCAUUAUUAUCAUGUGACACAGGACAAGGGGCGACAACAGUUGUGGCUGGGCAUAGGACGGGAAGGAGUGCUUGUGUUAGGAACAGGCCCUCCCUCCCUAGAGGCAGUGUGCAGAGCUACAAUCCACGGCUGGCCAUCCAUCAAGAGACUUUCGUAUGCUUCGCACCGGCUCACACUUACACUCCGUUCUCAGGAGAAGGCCAAAAUUAAGUUUAAUUUGCAGGAAAACAGGAGCCGCCACGUGUUCUACCUGGCCACGGUGCACAAGAGCUUCCAUCGUGAGACGUCCGCGACACCGGUGGACCUGCCUCCUCCCGUGGGCCUCCACCUGGUCAGCGCGGCUGUUGCGGGAGCUCAGGGCGCCGCUCCUCCAAGCGAACUGCUGCACGCGCGCGCCCCCAGCAGCGCGUCCUCGGCCACGACCACCGCCAGGACCAGCCUCUCCUCUGCGGGAACGGCCGACGAAAUUCCUGGCAUCGGCGGGAGGCUGGGCGAGAGCGGCGCGAGCGGAGCGCAAGGCGAGGGCGUCAGGGGAGAGUACGCUCACGAACGAGCCCCUGGCCCGCCCUCCUGGCCCGGCGGGGAUACGAGCGUAGCGCCCAAGUCCUCGGAGGGCCUGUCCCGGGCCAACUUUCUGUCGGAGAUCCUGUGGCGCGGCGGCGGAGACGAGUCCGACGAGGUGUUUUCCCUGGAGAACCUCGAGAACGAGCAGCAGUGGAAGCAGAGGGAGCGGCAAAAGCAGCAGAGCAAGCAGGAGCAGACGCUGGACGAUAAGCCAGCAUCCACCACGCCCGACGGCAACGCCAGCGCGGAGAAGAAGGCGUCUCCGCACCGCGUGUUCCACCAAAGGUCGAAGAGCAACAUCGAGAGCGGGAGCGUCGGCAGCGGCGGCGCGGGCGGCGCGGGCGGAAUCGCGGGCGGCAGAGCGGAGCUGUCGCGCGAGUUCGGGAGCGACGAAUCCCUGCUGUCGUCGCCCAAGAAGGGCCAGACCGUGAGGAUGGGCACCCGCGUGUCAGCCGCGGCACUACAGAAGCGUCGUCUGCGAAGUCUGGAGGGUCUGGCACAGCUACCUAGCCUGGAGGAGCUCAACACCACGCCUCGGGCCAUUGUCGUUGAGCCGUCCAUCCGCAGCACGGUGGUGGAGGAGAGCGUGAGCGACUCCCUGGUGGAGCGGUUCCUCCAGUGCCCGGCCGCGCGCGGGGGGCCUGAGCGCCGCCUGGACACCGUCACCCUCCUGAAGAAGGAUGGCUCCCUCGGGGUCAUGAUCGCCGAGGGCGUCGACCACGGCCUCUACAUCCAGGCCGUGUCCCCGGGAGGGCCCGCCGCGCUGCAGGGCACCCUCAAGCCAGGUAGUCUUAGAGAUUAUGCUGUCGAUGCUAAAUACCACAGAUGGUCUAACUAUAUUCGGUUUGGAGUCCCUUUCGUAUCUGAAUAUUGA